UUCUAUGAGUAGAACCCGGAUGUUGGUGUCUGGGCCCAGGGAAUCGCAAUAUAUUUUACCUGUCGUAGUAGACACAGCAAGCCACAAAAAUGGGAAAUGAAAAUUCUUUGCCCAUGGAGUUAUGCUCAAAUUUUGAUCCAGAUGAGAUUAAGAGAUUAGGCAAACGUUUUCGUAAGCUUGAUUUGGAUAACUCUGGUUCCCUGAGUGUAGAUGAGUUUAUGACUUUACCAGAACUACAACAAAAUCCACUGGUACAACGAGUGAUAGACAUAUUUGAUACUGAUGGCAACGGGGAAGUAGAUUUCAAAGAAUUCAUUGAGGGUGUAUCUCAAUUUAGUGUAAAAGGAGACAAACUAUCUAAAUUAAGAUUUGCAUUUAAAAUCUAUGACAUGGACAAGGAUGGGUAUAUUUCCAAUGGAGAACUGUUUCAAGUACUAAAGAUGAUGGUAGGCAACAACCUAAAAGACACGCAGCUUCAGCAGAUAGUGGAUAAGACCAUCAUCCAUGCAGAUGCUGAUGGAGAUGGAAAAAUUUCUUUUGAAGAAUUUUGUGCUGUUGUAGGAAAUAUGGAUGUCCACAAGAAAAUGGUGGUAGAUGUAUAGUCUUGUCAAGUCAACAUUUAAGACAUUUUCAUUUUAACUUAUUUCCAUGACAUUGCAAUUAUUAUAAUGCUGCAGAUGAAUCCAUCGAUUUUCAAACUUUGUUCCCAGUUUGUUUAUUGUUCUGAGUAUUGGUGUGCGAGUCAUGCUGUUAAAAAACGCUGAUUCAGUGUCUUGUCUGAGGUCUCUGCUACUUUUAUUUGUAUACCAAAGAACUUUUAUUGUAUUGAAAAACUUGCAUAUAAAUUACAUAUUGAUAGAACAAACAAGUUAAGAAAUGUUGUUGAAUGAAAAAUUGAUGUAAAAAAUUCCCAUUUGAACAGAAAGGAUGUGUGGUGUAUUUGACAUUGAUCAGUAUAUAGCCUAUUAGCCUUUGAUUUUAUCUUAUCAUAGAUCAAAAAUUUUGUUAUAUAUGGUUUGUAUUAAAUAUUUCAUUGUUUGAUCCCAAACUGAGAUACAUAUAUUCUGAUCGGGGUAUGAUUCCCCAAAGAUGACUGACCUCAAUCUACCAGCAUGUGUUUACGUGAGUUAUUUUAGUGAGAGUAAUAUUGGAGGGUUUGAUUUAGUUAUGGACAUUUCAUUAGUCUGCAAUAUAUAAUUCUCAGACAAGACUUGAACCAUUGACUAGUUCAAUAUGCCCCUUUUUAUAGGGCAUUUUAUAACUUUAAAGAUAUUAUCCAAAAAUAAGUAAACCUGUAUGGAUUACAAGCACUGCUCAAUCUAUUAUUACAAACUUGAUGUUUGCAGUUGUUUUACUUAUUUGACUUUUUUUUCGCCUGUCUUUCCAACAUAGUUGUACCAAACAAAUAUUUGACAUCCUCGCAUAAUGGUCACGCCAUAAAAUGGGGGGAUAACCCAUUUAGUGUUAGUCAGUAUUGCUAGGAACCACCAAGACAUCAGAAGACUUGUGCUGAUUUGAACACUGUCAUUCCUUGUAAUUGUGUGCUUUUCUAACAGUGUCUUAGACUGAUUUUACGUGUUGUAAAAUUUGAUCCUUAACCAGUUCCUUCAAGUGUUUUUGCCAUUUUAACAAGAAAUGACUUAUUAAAUUGCAUGUUUCCUUGUCUAUCAUUGAUUUAACAGAAUUGCUGACAGCUUCAAAACUCACUUCAAUAUACCUGGUGUAAGCAGUAUGCAAAGCUGAAUUUUUGGAAGCAAAUUAAAUUAUUGUAAAAUAUUCAAAUUCAAUAUCUGUCUGUCAGUGAUCUGUAGACAGACUGUAAGCAUUGAAUUUAAAAUUUGACAAGAUGAAAUCACUGUCAGUUAUAUUAGAAUAUAUGUCAAUACUGUAAAGAAAUAUACCUGUACAUUGUAUUGUGUAUAGGUAAAGGGUAUUCUGACAAAUGUAUGUCAAUACUGUAAAGAAAGUUAGCUUUUAGCACUCUACAUGGUGGGCUUGAAGUGAGGGUAAAAUUAUAUUUAUAUAUAUAAUAGAUAUAUAUACAUACAAACUAUUUAUGCUGUCAAAACAGUACUACAAUUAUGUAUGGGAGUGAAUUUUAUUGUCUGUUAAAUUUUUGUUCUUUUUUUAUUUAUUACUUAUGAAAUUGACUUUCAUGUGUUUUAAUGUUACAAAUCUGUUUGGAUUGUUACCGUUUUCUUGUUUUGUGUAUUCAUUUGUUUUGUAUGAUAAGAUUAUACCCUUUUUAAGACAUUAAAGGUUUGAUAUAUAAGUUAUAUAUACCAGGUACACACUGUCAUACACUGUUGCUGUGCCAAUCAUAUAGUGCCACUUUGCAUGAUCAGAAAGAAGAUAGAUCCAGCUUGUAUAGUUUUAGUACUUGCAAAAUAUAUGGUAGCUGAUUAAAUCCAGUUUGAACAAAAUCAUAUGGUAAAUAUCUUGUUUGAUUAUUUUGAAAAAGUAGAUAAAUAUCACAGCAUUUGUAUAUAGCUGUCCUUAUUAAAUAGGUUCUCUUAAAUAUAAAUAUAUUGAUGUCAUUUUUAGGGAAAAUUCCAAUGAUUUACGAACCCUACAAUUUCACUGUAGUUAGGAUACCAAUACGAACAAAGGCAUUAUUAUCAAGGCUAUCACUACCUAUACAUUUGACCUAUAUUUCAUUUGAAACUGUUAGACUGGUAAGGGCAGGGUUGUAUAUAAUAGAACUUACUUUCGUGUCUAAUGCAAUGUUUAGUGCACCUCGAUCAAGACAUAGUCAGGAUUUCAGCCGAGAAGAUGUCGUGACUAGAAAUCAUCAAGAGUGUCUUUAUCAUAUGGGAUUUAUUAAAACAAGUUCAAUAAUUUGAUAUGUGACAAGCCUGUAGGUAGGUGACAUGUCAAAUUGAAUAAUUUCCUUAUGACAUAGUCAUAAGUGUAAGAUUCUAUUUAUCGCAUACACACUCAUAUUUACCAGUUCAAGAAUUUAGUGGGAAACCUCAAAUCAAUUUCUCUAUAUAUAUUUGACUGGUCCUACUUGCAUAUCUUACAAAUUUUCAUCUAGUAAUUGUGAUCAGCAUGUUGGCCCUAGUGCUAAUCAUCAAAAGGGGUCAAAUGAGACCUUGAGGAGUUAUUUCAAAAUUUCACCUUAUGUGCAUAUAGGUUGUAUUUUCGAGGUGUGAUUCUAGCCUAUAAACUUCUCAGUGAGUUAGAUAGUGACCAGGUAACAUAGACUAGCAAUUGUAUCAUCAUAUGCAUGACUAAUCAUAAAAAAAAGAAUAUGACAAUUUUCCGUUAAAAAUGAGCUGAAACUGUUUUCCUUGUCUAAUUUGGUACACGUUUAUCACACAGCAGUGUGAAGAACUAUCAUACACAUCUUACUAGUCAUCAGUGAUGCUUUAUAAAAUGCAGAGCUAAGCAACAACAGAUAACCAAUACCUCAAGUACUCUAGUAUCCUGAUCGGUCAUCUUCAUGUGUUAUUUUUCACAGCUUGUAUAAAUUUUUUGGUAUGUACCUUGUGUUGUAUAAUGAUAUAUAUCUCAUGAUCAAAACUGAUUUUCUGCUUACAACUUCACAGCUUAUAUUUUUUGCUGCAGUUUGAUUUAGUUUUCAACCCUGCUAUUAUUUUUUGCCACCAAUUGUUUAUUAAUAAACAACAAACUAAACCACCAAUUACACUUUUUGUACCUCGAGUGCCUCUUCAUCUCGUUCGUCCUAUACCUAUUAUUUGUCACUCCGAGUAUGCCAAUAAAUAUGUGGAAUGAUGACAUCACCGUUAAUUUUGAAAAUUUGAUCUGCUAGGAACAAAAGAUCUGACACAAAUUUAAAUACUUUAUAUAUCAAAACAAACUGAUAAUUCUGUACUUGAAACUUUGGAUUUGGUUGAGGCGUCUGUUUAUUGUUGCUUGAAACUUAAUUUCUUUGUGGUUGGUUUUUGUUGUACGUAUUUAUUUCUUGUGCUUGUUUCUUGUCAUAUAUCAUUUUACGAAGUAUGCAUCAAAAUUCCUAGUAUCAAUCCUGAAAAAUAUAUGUUGUCAUUUGAAUUUGAAUGACAGAAUGUGCAGCUAUAGUGCAAUACCAUACUUGAUAUGAAGAAAAAGGGCCAGCGGUUCUUGUUCACCUCCAAUCAGAUUCAUGACAAUUUAUGGUAUGCAAAAUUUUCAUAUUUAAUUUUCUUUCAAAGAUACUGAAUUUUAUCAAUAUAUGCUCCAUCUGAUAUCAAAAUUCAAACUCUUCCGACGAGAAACAUAGACCUACGGUACUUUUAAAAUUUAACUACCGAUCAGAAUUUUAACAACUCCUUGAUACUGAUGGAAGUGUUGACAAUCAGUCACAGUUGACUAAAGUUUGGCUACUGUCCAUGAAACUGAAUUAACUAAUAAAAUCUGUUGAAGAUGCUACAAAUAGUUGUCAGUCAGUUGUAGUUAGAGACAAAUUUCUGUAACCUUUCAACUAUCAACUGGAGCAUAUAUGCAGGUAUAGGUUUUACAACACCCCAAACAUUACUUAACAUAUAUACUCUGUUUUGAUUUUCACAAAUAAUUUAAGUGAGUUAUUCAAAAUUGACAGGACUAUUACUUAUAUACUCAUGGUUCCUGUCGUUGACCAUUGAAGUAAUGCUGAAUAGAAUCGAUAACAUGUAAGCAGCACCUGUUUGAGAAUAGAUUAAUUUUCUUUAUUUUAAGAAUGCUUAAAGCAAUGUCAUCAUAAACAAUUAUGGCCUGAAAUUUUGUACUUAAAGAUUUUUUACUUCUUGCAUGUAUUACAGUUGUAGUUUUCUACAACAGUAAAGCUUACUUGAAAGUGUAUCUCACAAGGGACAGUCCCACAACUCAAGUAUUUGUAGAUGUUUCAGUAUUCUUUUGCACCAUACUCUGGUCUUUCUCAGGUUUGAUAAUAUGUAUAACGCUCCAACCUUACUGACAUGCAGUGUUCUGAGGCAUUCCAUUUGUGCAUACAUCUCUGUCGUCAUGUUGUAGUGGUAUCAAGUAGAAGCCUACUGAUGUAUCGGUAACUUCAUCAGUUUUAUUAGGUCCGUAUUAUAUAGACAGACCUUUUUCUUUUUGGUAAGUGUGUUUGAAUGUAUAUAUAAGACAUGUAGUGUCAUUUUGUCUGCCCCAUGUCUCAAAUGGUUUUCUCUCUUCUUAAUGAUAUUUAAUAUUACAGCAUACGCAUUUUUGAUAGAAUCUUGUUUCGCUGCGGCUCUCUCGUCAAGGUUCAUCAAUAUUUAUUUUUCGCAUUGCCAUUCUAUUAGUAUGUAAUUGUUAUACGAAUAAUUGCUAUCGCCUAUAAAAUUGUGGGUUUUUUUUCUAAACAAUUUAAAUGUUUGUGUGUUAACAUAACUACUAACCCUUACAGUUUGCAUUUAGUUGAUAUCAGUUGCUGAGAUAGAAUGCCACUGUGGAAAACCUACCAAGAAAUACUACUACAUAAUUGUGGGUAUCAAACUACCCGAUACCUGUGGUCAUCCUCCAGUGAAAGAUGAACCUGUGGUGACGGUACCACCUAUACUUGAUUGUUGAGAACUUAUUUCAAUAUACGCUAUUGCAGUGAAGAAAUUUUUUUAAUUAAAUAUCUUAAAUUUAAAAAAGUAUAUCAAAAAUAAGUCUGAUUUACUAACACUUUUGUGGCAAAAUCUAAUUGUUAAAGUUUGACUAAAAUACAGUUUUGCCUCACUACUGCAAGUCUUCAUCUUACUUCUGAACUAUGAAGAAAUGCAAAAAAAAAAAAAAAAAAAAAAAAUUCUACCAAAGAAUUAGAAUCUAAAGAGAAAACUAGCGUUAAAUAUUUCAAUUUUAUGUAUGUACAAUCUUUAUCAAAUGUUUUUCAUAUAUAGUUAUAGGAAUUAAAGGAGGAAUACCCGAGUGGUGGUCACGGAUUACUUUGACUCACGAAGAAUAUAUCUAGAACAUUUUGCAUUCUUCACUAAAGGAAUGUAUCUGUUCUGUUAGAAAUAUGUAUUACCAAGCAGAUCAUAUUGUACUCCAUUCUUUAAAACAAAACAUAAGAUAUCAAAGACAUUGUGGGUUAUGGAACAUAGUAACCAAUGACAGCUAAGGUUACAGAACAUUGUAACCAAUGACAUCUAAGGUUACAGAACAUAGUAACCAAUGACAGCUAAGGUUACAAACUCAUGUUUUGUACCAGCAAUAUCAGUAUAUCAUUCAAUGUCUUUAACCUUGAAGUCAGUAAAAAUUUGUUUUGGUUCUUUUGGAAUUUGAUAUUGUAUGUUGAAUGUGUUGUUGUAACCCAUAAUAUUAUAUAUAUAUAUAUAAACAAAUUUCCCCCUUAAAUAUUUGAAAUUGAAUAAACAUUGAAUACUUGA